GACAGACGGAUGAGCUGGAACCCUCUGUCUCUCUUAGAGUCUUAUUGACACUUAAACUCCUUCCUCGGUCCAUGAACCUCUUCUCAGACGCUUUGAUACCUUGAACUUCCCUUGAGGCAUUCAGGAGCUUUCUCACAGCUUGAUGUCUUCAUAACUUUCACUUUGUUCUUUGACUGAUGAUCAUGUUCAAUUGUUAACGAUGAAGUGACCAUAGCAACGUGCUUAGUAACAUAAUAACAAAAUGCAGAAACGUAUACGCACAUGUUAUAAUAAUUUAAAUAAAUUAAUAUGUCUUUGGUCUUUUAGACUAGGCUGUUAACUUUAAUGUUUAGUAAAAAACUUUACUCAACAGAUAUUUUAACACAGUUGAUGAAACGUAUUUUUCAAUACAACAACUAGACUGUGCCAACGUAUUUGAACUUCGCUUCCCUAUAUAAACACAUCAAAGAUUCAAGUUUAGGUUCCGAGAGAAGUCACAAGAGGUUCGUCUUCGCUCUUCAGAGAGAAAGAAGAAAACAAAAGUUGUUUCUUGCGCACCAAGAAAACGAUCGAUACUAAUGGAGGACAACGGAAGCGGGUCCGAGACUGGAUCAGAAACAACGCUACCUCCUUCUUCGUCUUCUUCUACCGAUAAAAGCGUUACCAACUAUAAGAAGAAUAAUACGAAGCCUUGUAAGAUAUGCGGAAGUAACGAGGAUGACGAUGAUGUAAGGAAGUGUUAUAAGCCGCACAUGUGGUGGCUAUGUGAAGUGUGCCGUACCUUACCUGGCGUAGUCGAAGUUAAGCCGGAAGAUUCUAAUGAGACAGUACUUCCUAAUGAUUCUGUUUCAUCAAGCAGUAGUCGUGUGGAUGCUCGGAACAGUGGUAAUGAAACCUCAGCGACUAAUCAACCUUCACAAUCAGAGGCACAUACUACAAGUCCUGAAGCUUCUUCUACAGCGUCCAUCAACACAUCUCCUGAGAAGAAACAAGCAGACUCCAACGCUCCCUCUGAUUCGGAAUCUUCAAAGUAGAUGAUUUUCUCAGAGCUUAGUGGUUGUUAGAGACAUCUGGAUUUUAGGGUUUCUUUUUUAAAAAGGAUUGUUUCUUGGGCCGCAAGUUAUCUUACAUAAGACUUCUUUGAUGGUCAUUUCAGUUGCGUCAGUAUUCUUGAACAUUCUCCGUUUCUUCUUCUGUCAUCAGAGAGAUGUGCUAGAUAUAUAGAUUCAGGGUUUGUUUCUUAAAACGUGAGUUUCUUGGGUCGCAAGUUAGAAUUUAGUAGAUAAGUGAGAAUAAAGAUUAGACUUCUUUGGUGGUCAUUUGCUUCAGUACUCUUGUACAUUCUCCUUUACU